GCAGAGCAACACUGACACAUCCAUUAGCCAUUGAAGAUGAAGAGAAUUUCUCUGCGAAAUGGCAAUGAUAUUCCCUUUAUCUCUUUCUUCCCUAAUUCACAUUCUGCUUCCGCAAUUACAGUAAAGGGUAAAGUUGGGUUAAACAGUAGCAAUUUUGACAAAGUAAAGAGUUUAGAUGAUGCUGUGAAUCUCUUCAAUCAAAUGGUUAGAAUGAAACCUCUUCCUUCAGUUGUCGAUUUCUCUAAAUUGUUUAAGAAUAUGAUAAGUAUGAAGCAUUACUCUGCUGUCCUUUCUCUUUUUCGAGAAAUGCAGAAAUUGGGUAUCCCAAUUGAUGGGUUCAUCUUGACUGGUGUGAUUAAUAGUUAUUGUCUGAUGCAUCGUUCUGAUUGUGCAUUUUCGGUGUUACCCAUUUACUUGAAGAGCGACAUUCCAUUUAGUGUUGUCACCUUUACCACUCUAAUAAGGGGAAUCUUUGCUGAAAAUAAAGUUAGAGAUGCAGUUGAGUUGUUCAAAAAAUUGGUGAGAGAAAAGAUUUGUGAGCCCGAUGAAUUCAUGUAUGCAGCCGUCAUGAAUGGGCUCAACAAAAGGGGGCAUACUCAAAAAACUUUUAGUUUGCUCCGGUUGAUGGAACAAGGGAGCACUAAGCCCAACAUAUAUAUCUACAGCAUUGUUAUAGAUUCACUUUGCAAAGACAGAAGCUUAGAUGCUGCUAUCACUCUUUUGAAUGAGAUGAAGCAGAGAGGUAUUCCUCCAAAUAUAGUCACGUAUAAUACAAUAAUUGAUGGAUUGUGUAGGAUGGGUCAGUGGGGAAAGGUUAAGAUAUUGUUAUCUGAGAUGGUGAACCACAAUAUUUAUCCAAAUGUGCUCACCUUCAACAUACUAACAGAUGGACUAUGCAAAGAAGGGAAAGUUGAAGAUGCGGAGGAAGUAAUGAAACACAUGGUCGAAAAGGGUGUAGAGCCUAAUAUAAUCACCUACAAUGCAAUAAUGGAUGGCUAUUGUUUGCGUGGUCAACUAGCUAGAGCGAGGAGAAUUUUUGAUAUCUUGAUAGAUAAGGGCAUUGAGCCUAGCAUUUUUAGCUAUAGCAUACUAAUAAACGGAUACUGUAAGAAAAAGAAUUUGGCUAAGGCCAUGCAAUUGUUUUGUGAAAUUUCUAGAAAGGGAUCAAAACCUGAUAUUGUUACCUACAAUACUAUCUUGCAAGGUCUGUUUGAAGUUGGAAGAACUGGUGAAGCAAAACAAAUUUACGGUGAGAUGCUAUUUGCAGGGACCAAGCCGAAUGUAUACACUCAUGCCAUUUUGCUCAAUGGUUAUUUUAAGUGCGGACUUGUUGAAGAAGCUAUGUCACUCUUUAAUAAGUUAGAAAGAAGCAGAGAAUAUACUGAUAAUGCAUUUUAUAAUGUUGUCAUUAACGGAUUGUGCAAAAAUGGUAAACUUAAUGAAGCGCAUGCUGUUUUCGAGAAGCUUUCUUUCCUUGGAUUGUUCCCGGAUGUGAGAACAUACACUGUAAUGAUAAAUGGAUUUUGUCUUGAAGGGUUGUUUGAUGAAGCUAAAGAUAUUCUAAGAAAAAUGGAAGACAACGGUUGUUCUCCAAACAAUGUCACUUAUAAUGUUAUUUUGCAAGGAUUUCUCAGGUGCAACAAAAUUAUUGAAAUGACAUCUUUUAUGAAGGAAAUGGCUGGAAGGGGUUUCUCAUUUGAUGCAACUACAGCUGAGUUUUUGGUAAACAUUGUAAGGGAGAAUCCUUCUGUCCUUGACAUGAUACCAGAGCUUCACUCGAAAAAUAAGAAGUGAAUAUUUCUUUUUUUUGGUUCAUUUGGCUACGCUAUCACUGUCCUGCAAAAGAAAUGACACCCAAUGCAUUUUCCAAAUGUGAUGGCAAUUAGAACAUUGCUUGAGCUUUCCAGACAACCUGUUGAGGAGGUACAUCAGUUUUGAUUUGAGAAAAAAUGGUGACCAUACUCAGUCUCUUAAAAAAGAAAUAAUGGGUAUCCUGGAAAUUCAAUUGCCUUCUGGUGGUGUAGUAUCUAUACAGUGUACUGCUUUUAGGCUGGACUGCUGCAAUACUAUUCCAGUGUUCAUAAACUUCAUGCGUUCUCCAUUGGUGAGAAACUAAAGGUGGGGGGAGUUGGGGUACAUGAGCCUUGCAAGUCUAUUUGUAUGAUAUAGACCUCUUAGCAUUUUCUUGUUGUAGUAUUGUUCUGUGUUUUUGUUACUUAUU